CGGAGCUUCUCAAGUGCAAAAAACCAUUAGCGCUAACUUAGCUCGGUUUCCCAUCCAGUUGGAGAUGUCUUCUGGGUCGCGGAGCUCAUCCCGCGGCGGCGCCAACGCGGAGUGGAGCAAGAAAGAGAAUAAGCUGUUCGAGGAUGCACUCGCCUACUACGGCGAGGGCACGCCCGACCGCUGGCUCAAGGUGUCCCGCGCCAUGAGCGGGACCAAGACGGCCGACGAGGUGCGCCGCCACUACGAGAUCCUCGACGGCGACAUCAAGCUGAUCGAGUCCGGCAGGGUCCCGUUCCCCAAGUAUAAUACCCAGGGGGCCUGGAACUGAUUCAUCAAUCAAGGAGCAAAGUUUCUGAAUUCUGAAGAUCCUGCAAACAGGAUAAUCUGUUGAUAUAAUCUAGUCCUUAGCUGGGACCAUGUUAUUGAAGCGAGCAUAAUUAUGUACUGUAUGAUGAAGAUUGUGGGCACUUGGUUAGGAAUAAAAGAAGAAAACAUGUGCGUGUGUACAUAAUAUUAGGUUUGUAAGCAAAUCAAGUGUGUUUCGU